AUGGGUGUCAGAGGAAUUCGAAAACACUUGAAGCGUUUAAAUGCACCGAAGCACUGGAUGCUCGACAAGUUGGGGGGCAACUUCGCUCCCCGACCGAGCACCGGCCCUCACAAACUAAGGGAGUGUCUUCCCUUGGCCAUAUUCCUGAGAAAUCGAUUGAAGUAUGCUCUCACCUAUGACGAGUGUACUAAAAUCCUCAAGCAGCGCCUCGUGAAAGUCGACGGCCGCGUGCGUACGGACAGGAAAUUCCCUGCUGGAUUCAUGGAUGUUAUUUCGAUUGAUCGAACAAACGAGCACUUCCGUCUUAUCUACGACACAAAGAAGCGCUUCGCUAUCCACCGUAUCCACCCGGAGGAGGCUAAGUACAAGCUUUGCAAGAUCCGUAAGGUCUUGACUGGGCCCGGAAACGUUCCCUAUAUCGUCACUCAUGAUGCUCGCACAAUUCGCUACCCCGAUCCGGAAAUCAAAGUUAACGAUACCGUCCAGAUUGACCUUGCUACUGGAAAGGUUCUGAACUUUAUCAAAUUUGAGCCUGGAAACGUCUGUAUGGUGACCGGCGGUCACAACUUGGGCCGUGUUGGUGUCAUUACCCAGUGGGAGCGUCACCCUGGCUCAGUAGAAAUGGUGCACGUUCGUGACAACACAGGACACCAGUUCGUCACCCGGCUGAACAACAUCUUCAUUAUUGGAAAGUCCAACAAGGCCUGGGUUUCUCUUCCAAAGGGCAAGGGCAUCCGCCUUAGCAUCAUUGAGGAGCGUGAUCGUCGUCUAAGAGCUAAGCGUCAUGGUCAUUAA